AGUCUCCCCUAAACGAUGGCCACAUGCAAGAAGAUAUUUUAUUUUGUCUUUGCUUUGUUCUUCAUUUUGGCUCAACUGCCUUCAGGUUGUAAGGCAGGACUUGAGUAUUCCCAGUCAUUUCCAGGAGGUGAAUUUGCUGUGUGUGAGACAUGCAGACUUGGUCGGGGUAAAUGCAGGAAGGUGUGCAUGGAGGAAGAGAAGGUUGAUGGAUACUGCAAGCUGAACUUUUUCUGUUGCCGGCAGAGGGUAUGA